AUGAACUUGAACGACUCCAUUCAGAAUAUAACGGUUGCUAUCAUUGGAGCAGGAUUUGCUGGAUUGAGAGCUGCUCAACGAUUCGAACAACUAGGAAUAAACUAUAUGAUAUUCGAAGGUUCCGACAGAGUCGGUGGAAGAGUAUUCCCCUUUUCCUAUCAAAGUGGAUAUCUUCAAUAUGGUGCGGAGUAUGUGAAUGGAGAGGAUAAUGAAAUUUAUGAAAUUGUGAAAAAGAAUAAUCUGUUGUCUGCAACAGAAAUUGAUGAAGAGGGAUACGAAACGGUAGUAUAUGGACAAGAAGUCAACAACAAGAUGUACAAAAUCUGGGAUAAAUUUGAGAGUAGUACAAAUGAGAAAUUGGAGAGAGAUGGAGCCAGAAAGGAAGUCAAAAAUCAAUCUGUUUCGGAAAGAAUCGAUUUCUAUUUUAGCGAUUUUAUGAAAGCACAAAAGCUCAGCCAGUCAGAACAAACUGUGAUGCAGAAUAUGAAUAAAUUGUUCAAAAAUCAGUAUCAACUGGAAUGGUCCGCUCCUUCCACUGAUUUAUGCUUGAGAAAUUUCGACACUUGGGAUUCCGGAGUCGAUUCUGAAGCAACGCUAAACGAAAUUGGAUUCAAGAGCAUUCUAGAUGAAUUGGCUUCAAAAGUUCCUAAAACCAAAAUCGGGAUGUCUUCCAAAGUUGUUAAUGUGGACUAUACAGGUACCAAAGUCAAAAUUAUGCUCUCAAAUGGACAGUAUUUUCUCUUUGAUUCCGUUAUUAUCACAGCCUCUCUUGGAUAUCUGAAGAAGCACAAAACCACAUUAUUCACUCCUGCUCUUUCUGUCUCUAAAUCAGCUGCAAUUGACAGAUUUGGAUUCGGAAAUAAUAUGAAAAUCUUCCUAGAGUAUAAUGAUCCAUGGUGGCCAAAUGGUAUGUCAACGAUUCAAAUAUCUGGAAGAGUUGGUAAUACUGAAACUAGCAACAGUCUAGAAGACGAUUUGAUGGUUUUUCAGCCAUUUUUGUGGGCUAGAAAAAUCCUUGUGGCUUGGGUUGCUGGAAACGGGCCAUUAGAAGCUUCAAAGUUAACCGAUUCUCAACUGAUGACUGUCCUCGACAACCAUCUUGAUACAAAUCUGAAAAACGUUUAUAUUGUAUCAAAAAUUCAAAGAAUUCAUCGUCAUAGCUGGAUUUCUGACGAGUUUGCUCUUGGAAGUUAUUCUUAUAUCUCCAAUAAGUCAUGUCAAUCGAACACAGAUGACAUUAAGCUGAUGAGAGAUCCAAUACUGACCAAUAGACGACCAGUUAUUUGUUUUGCUGGAGAGCACACUGAUUCAGAAAUGUUUCAAACUGUUGUUGGAGCAGCCAGAAGUGGACUACGAGAAGCUGAUAGAAUUGCCAAUUACUAUUCUUUGCUUUGA